GUUCCCACCUAUUUCCAUGUCGUUGCUUCCAGCACGAGACUCCAGGACGGCUACCUGACUGUAUACUCUUGCCCUUGCUCCCAGUCGUUUCGUCCUUCUCCUUUUCCAAAGCCAGAUGCAUAUACCGUUAGCUCAUCCGACUAACCAAGAGAAAAACCCCCAAAACAAUAAACAGGACACAAUGCUCAACCAACAGUUGAACGUCAUCAACUCGGACUUUGCCCGCUUCGGCAUCAGCUUCUCCCUCCAGGGCGUCACCCGCACCGUCCACUCGACUUGGUCCACCGACCGCAACGAACUGCAGAUGAAGCAGAGCCUGCGCCGCGGCGACUACCGCACCCUCAACCUCUACUUCCUCCGCAGCGUCUCCGGCAACCUCGGCUACUGCUACUUCCCCACCUACGCCUCCCCCGGCUCGACCGCCUUCGUCCGCGACGGGUGCACCGUCCUCUUCUCCAGCGUCCCCGGCGGCAGCUCCACCAACUUCAACCUCGGCAAGACCGCCACCCACGAGAUCGGCCACUGGCUUAACCUCUACCACACCUUCCAGGGCGGCUGCACCGGCUCCGGCGAUCUGGUCGCCGAUACCCCCGCCCAGGCUAGCCCGUCCAGCGGAUGCCCCCACGGCCGUGACUCCUGCCCUAGCCAGCCCGGCCUUGACCCCAUCCAUAACUACAUGGACUACUCCAACGAUGCUUGCUACACUGAGUUCACCGAGGGUCAACGUGUCCGCAUGCACAAUGCCUGGAACACCUUCCGUGCUUAAGCGGAUUUCGCGGCGCACGACGUCACGCCUUUAUUGGCAGUGCGACAAGUCGUGAGCGGAUCGCGGCUGCAAGGCACAGCACGAGACAUGGGGCAGGGGCGUUGAUGUGAAUGUCGAGACGUCUGACGAUGUCGAUUGCGGGCGUUAUGGGAGUUGUCGAGUAGCAUGGAGGAACGGAGGCGGAGUCUAGGCGAGGACUGAGCCGGCAACAGAAGAUGCAUGUGUAGACAACUCUAGGGUCUUCGCUAUACUAGAGAAGGCGAGGCUACCCGGUCAGGCAAUAUGAUGAUGA